AUGCGUCUCGCGCGAAGAGAAAAAUUCCGAAUGGAGGAGGAGAAACGCGUUAAGGAGGAGGGCGAACUUCAAAUAUACUUGAGGAAAUUGAUUGAAGAAGAUGUGAGCCGACGGAUAGCUGAGGUAGUGUCAGCUGGAUCUACUGCCGAGUCUGGGACGGAAGGAGAAGGCACCCACGACGAAGGAGCACUCGACUCGCUUAUUUGCCCACAGAUCGACGACCGACGUCGCAAGCGAGAAAUUCCAGACUUUCUAUGCGGGAAGAUCUCUUGCUCAUUGCUACAGGAUCCAGUGAUCACUCCAUCUGGUAUCACUUACGAUCGCGCCGAUAUUAAACAGCAUCUUCACCGAGUUGGUCAUUUUGAUCCUGUCACACGUGCUCCGCUCACUGAGGCUGACCUCAUUCCGAACCUUGCCAUGAAGGAAGUACUGGAACAUUUUCUCAUCGAAAAUCCAUGGGCUAAAUAUGAAGAUUUGUUAAGUUAA